GUGUUACCAGACCAUCUUGUCAAAUGGUGCCUCGACAUUGUGGGAGAAACCGAAAUUGACGCUCGCUUCAAGGCCAUUCCAGACUAUCCUGGUCUCCGUCAUUUUAAAAAAGGUAUAUCGAGCAUCAAGCAAUGGACCGGAACUGAGCACAAGGAGAUGCAGCGUGUUUUCAUGGCGCUAAUUACUGCUGCUUUGAUUCACAGUCAAGUUGUCAUUGUCACACAGGCCUUACUGGAUUUUUGCUAUUACACACGACUUCAUACACAUACGAGCGAAUCUCUGGAUGGUCUGGAGAAUGCCCUCGCCAUUUUUCACACCCACAAGGAUGUGUUACAGGAGCUCGCAGUGCGUGAACACUUCAACAUCCCAAAGCUACAUCAAUUGUCUCACUAUGUACAAUCAAUCAAACUAUUCGGAGCUGCAGAUGGAUUCAACACCGAACUUCCCGAGCGCCUCCACAUCGACUUUGCUAAAGAGGCUUACCGUGCAAGUAACAAGCAUGACUACGAGGAACAGAUGGUGUUAUGGCUUCAACGCCAGGAGGCAGUCUUCUGCCGAACCACUUACCUUGAAUGGGUGGCUGAGCGUGCCGCUCGCCGGACAGAAUGGGAAUCUGAGUACGAUUCCAACUCUGAUGCUGAAAAUGAGGGCUUUGAUGUGGUGCCUGUUGUUUCGCAGGAUAUCAUUCAUGUUCUGGCAAAGACUGCCCCACAUCCUCGUUGA